AACUGGACCCAAAUAUCUGUAGGUGUGUUUUGAAAUAUGGAGAAUAGUCUUGGAUGUGGAUGGGUACCAAAACUGGCUUUUCUGCUGUUUGGGAUCUCUGUCUUCACUCUGGAUCUUGAAGUCACCGGCACACAGAUUAAGGGAUUUACAACAUUGCAGUUCCUGAUUGAACCUUCGGAUGCUGUUACCAUGAGAGGAAGUAACGUAUUGCUCAACUGCACUGCAGAGUCAGAUCAAGGGUUUCCAGUCAUCAAAUGGAAAAAGGAUGGUGUCUUUUUAAACUUGGCAGUGGAUGAGAGAAGGCAGCAGUUUUCCAAUGGGUCUCUUUUGAUACAAAAUAUAGUCCAUUCGAGACAUCAUAAACCUGAUGAGGGCCUUUAUCAAUGUGAAGCAUCGUUAGAAGGAAUUGGAGCCAUCAUCAGCCGGACAGCCAAAGUCUCAGUAGCAGGCCCAUUGAGGUUUCUCUCUCAGACAGACUCGGUCACAGCAUUUACAGGAGACACCAUUUUGUUAAAAUGUGAAGUUGUUGGAGAACCUAUGCCUUCAAUCCACUGGCAAAGGAACCAAGAAGAUUUGGUUUUGAGUCCUGGCGAUACCCGCGUAGCCGUCUUGCCUUCUGGAUCUUUACAAAUCAGCCGAAUUCAACCAGGGGAUGGUGGGAUCUAUAGAUGCCUUGCGAAGAAUCCUGCCAGUUCGAGAACUGGAAAUGAAGCAGAAGUCAGAGUUUUGUCAGAUCCUGGUUUGCACAGACAACAAUUUUUUCUGCAGAGACCAUCAAACGUGGUGGUUGUGGAAGGGAAAGAUGCUGUGUUGGAAUGCUGUGUUUCUGGCUAUCCGGUCCCAACAUUUACAUGGCUCCGAGGAGAUGAAACAAUCCCAUUCAGGUCCAAAAAGUAUUCAUUGCUGGCUGGCAGUAACUUACUGAUUUCUAAUGCAACGGAUGAUGAUUCCGGGACGUAUACCUGUGUGGUCACCUACAAGGAUGAGAACAGUAGUGCUUCAGCAGAGUUAUCUGUACUGGUUCCACCAUGGUUCAUCAAUCAUCCUUCAAACCUGUAUGCCUAUGAAAGUAUGGACAUUGAGUUCGAAUGUGCUGUCUCCGGUAAACCAGUCCCUACAGUGCAAUGGAUCAAGAAUGGAGAAGUUGUCAUUCCUAGCGAUUAUUUUCAGAUAGUGGGUGGCAGCAACCUGCGGAUUCUGGGCUUGGUAAAGUCAGACGAAGGCUUCUACCAGUGUGUCGCUGAAAAUGAUGCCGGGAAUGCACAAACCAGUGCGCAGCUAAUCAUCCCUGAGCCUGCUAUCCCAAGUUCCAGUGUCCUCCCCUCUGCUCCCCGAGAUGUGGUCCCUGUUUUGGUCUCCAGUCGAUUUGUCCGUCUCAGCUGGCGCCCUCCUGCAGAGGCGAAAGGGAACAUUCAGACCUACGCUGUCUACUUCUCCAGAGAGAGCACCAACAGGGAGCGGGCUCUGAACACAUCGCAGUCUGGGGUGCUUCAGCUCACGGUGGGGAAUCUGAAACCGGAAGAAACCUACACCUUCCGAGUGGUGGCGUAUAACGAAUGGGGACCAGGAGAAAGCUCGCAGCCCAUCAAAGUGGCAACACAACCAGAAUUACAAGUUCCAGGACCAGUAGAAAACCUGAGGGCUGUAUCUACCUCACCUACCUCAGUUCUGAUUACCUGGGAACCCCCUGCCUAUGCAAAUGGUCCAGUCCAAGGUUAUAGACUGUACUGUACAGAAGUAGCUACUGGGAAAGAACAGAAUAUAGAAGUUGACAAUCUAUCCUACAAGCUGGAAGGGCUGAAGAAAUUCACAGAAUACACCCUACGGUUUCUGGCUUACAAUCGUUAUGGACCUGGAGUAUCCACUGAUGACCUGACAGUCAGGACCCUUUCAGAUGUGCCGAGUGCUAUGCCUCAGAAUGUCUCCUUAGAAGUGGUGAACUCAAAGAGUAUCAAAGUGAGUUGGCUACCUCCACCGCCAGGCACACAAAAUGGAUUUAUCACUGGCUAUAAAAUCCGACACAGAAAGACAGCCCGCAGGGGUGACAUAGAAACAUUGGAGCCGAACAACUUCUGGUACCUGUUCACAGGGCUUGACAAAGGAAGCCAGUACAGUUUCCAGGUAGCGGCUAUGACAGCCAACGGGACAGGACCCUCCUCAGACUGGUCUACUGCAGAAACCCCCGAGAGCGAUCUUGAUGAAUCUCAGGUUCCUGACCAGCCAAGCUCUCUGCAUGUCAGGCCUUUGUCAACCAGCAUCGUAAUGAGCUGGACACCGCCGCUGAACCCAAACAUCGUCGUGCGCGGAUACAUCAUAGGCUACGGGGUGGGCAGCCCCUACGCUGAGACGGUGCGAGUGGACAGCAAACAGCGAUACUAUUCCAUUGAACAUUUGGAACCAAGUUCUCACUACGUCAUAUCUUUGAAAGCAUUCAACAAUGCCGGGGAGGGAGUCCCUCUUUAUGAGAGUGCCACCACCAGAUCUCUGACAGAUCCCAUUGACCCAUUAGAAGUUGAUUUUUAUCCUUUGCUUGAUGAUUUCCCUACCUCAGUCCCAGAUAUCUCCACCCCCAUGCUCCCACCAGUAGGUGUCCAGGCCGUUGCAUUAACCCAUGAUGCCGUGAGGGUCAGCUGGGCAGACAACUCUGUCCCCAAGAAUCAAAAGACGACAGAGGUUCGGUUUUAUACAGUCCGAUGGAGAACCAGCUAUUCUACAAGUGCUAAGUACAAGUCAGCAGAUACAACAGCCUUGAGUCACACAGUAUCAGGCCUUAAGCCAAAUACCAUGUAUGAGUUUUCUGUCAUGGUCACAAAAGGUCGAAGGUCAAGCACAUGGAGUAUGACAGCUCAUGCUACUACUUAUGAAGCAGCCCCGACCUCUGCUCCCAAAGAUCUGACAGUCAUUAGUCGUGAGGGAAAGCCACGAGCCGUCACUGUCAGCUGGCAGCCUCCGUUGGAAGCCAAUGGGAAAAUUACUGCUUACAUUCUAUUCUUCACCUUGGAUAAGAAUUCCCCCAUCGAUGCCUGGGUCAUGGAGUCCAUCAGUGGCGACCGGCUUACCCAUCAAAUCAUGGAAUUGAAUCUGGACACCGUGUAUUACUUUCGAAUACAAGCCCGUAACGCCAAAGGAGUGGGGCCUCUCUCCGAUCCCAUUCUCUUCCGGACUCUAAAAGUGGAACAUCCUGACAAAAUGGCUAAUGAUCAAGGUCGUCAUGGAGAUGGGGCCUACUGGCCGGUUGACACAAACUUGAUCGACAGAAGCAGCCUUAAUGAGCCCCCCAUUGGACAGAUGCAUCCUCCACAUGGAAGUGUAACACCCCAGAAGAACAGCAACCUUCUCGUCAUCAUUGUUGUCACCGUUGGGGUCGUUACUGUCGUGGUGGUGGUGAUUGUGGCUGUGAUUUGUACGAGGCGUUCAUCAGCACAGCAGCGGAAAAAACGUGCUACUCACAGUGCUGGGAAGAGGAAGGGUAGCCAGAAAGACCUGAGACCCCCAGAUCUUUGGAUACACCAUGAAGAGAUGGAAAUGAAGAACAUUGAAAAGCCAUCGGGUUCUGAUCCAUCCGGAAGAGACUCGCCAAGGCAAAGCUGCCAAGACAUCACCCCAGGCGGCCACAGCCAAACUGAAACCCAAAUGGGCAGCAAGAGUGCCUCACAGUCUGCACCUGAUACAGAAGAGGUGGGAAGCAGCAUGUCCACGUUGGAACGUUCACUUGCAGCCCGCAGGGCGACGCGGGCCAAGCUCAUGAUUCCAAUGGACUCCCAACCCAGCAAUCCUUCUGUAGUCAGUGCCAUUCCAGUGCCAACACUAGAAAGUGCCCAGUAUCCAGGAAUCCUACCCUCUCCUACGUGCGGAUACCCACAUCCUCAGUUCACUCUCCGACCUGUGCCGUUCCCAACCCUCUCAGUUGAUCGGACAUUUGGAACAGGGAGAAGUAAGUAGAUAAGUGAAGGACAGGCCCCUCAGCAGACAUCCAUGUUACCACAGACACAGCCUGAGCAUCCCAGCAAUGAGGAUGCCCCAAGCAGGACAAUCCCCACAGCAUGUGUGCGGCCUACACAUCCUCUCCGCAGUUUCGCCAACCCCUUGCUACCUCCGCCUAUGAGUGCAAUAGAACCGAAAGUCCCUUACACUCCGCUUUUAUCUCAGACAGCACCCAACCUUCCCAAGGCUCAGGUUAAGACAGCAUCACUUGGACUGGCUGGAAAAGCGAGAUCCCCUCUGCUUCCUGUCUCCGUGCCAACGGCCCCAGAAGCCUCAGAAGAGGGUCACAAGCAAACAGACGAUCCUGCUAAUGUAUAUGAACAGGAUGACUUGAGUGAACAGAUGGCUAGUUUGGAAGGCCUAAUGAAGCAGCUUAAUGCCAUCACAGGCUCAGCUUUCUGA